UUGGAUUUUGGACACCCCCCCCCCCCCCCCCCCCCCCCAAACGCACCUUCUUCUUUACUGCCUAAUCAUUUGAAUUUCAUCCUAAAAAUGAGGAAUUCUAUUUGCAAAAAUUACAUUAUUAUCUCAAUUUUCCUUUUGGGAGUCUUCACUGUCUCGCCGUGUUACGCAUCCUCCCCUAAUGGCAGCGAGUCGGUUUCCGGGAUCGUCACCGCCGCGUUCUUCGACGGAAUCGCCGGGAAGGCGUCGGCGAGCUGCGAGGCGAAAGGAUUCUACACGCGAGCUGCGUUUCUGGAAGCAGCCGAGUCGUAUCCCAAGUUCGGAACGGUCGGCUCAGCUGAUGUCGCGAAGCGGGAGGUCGCUGCUUUCUUCGCCCACGUCACCCAUGAAACUAUCCAAAUGUGUUACAUAAACGAGAUCAACGGCACCACCAGAGACUACUGCGACGAAACCGACACAGAGUACCCCUGCGCCUCCGGCAAGAUGUACUACGGCCGGGGACCCAUCCAACUAUCCUGGAACUUCAACUACGGACCCGCCGGAAAAAGCAUAGGAUUCGACGGCCUAAACAAUCCCGACGUCGUGGCUAAAGAUAGUGUUAUAUCCUUCAAGACAGCCCUGUGGUUUUGGAUGAAGUAUUGCCAUUCCCUCAUCGUCUCCGGCAAAGGCUUCGGCGCCACCAUUCGAGCCAUCAACGGUAUCGAGUGCGACGGCGGCGGCCCUCGCUCAGUUAGGAAUAGGGUUAAGUAUUUUAAGGAGUAUUGCCGUCAAUUUGGUAUUCAGACUGGGGAUCGUCUCACCUGCUAGCCGAUACAUACAUACAUUUCGCAUUUUCUCCCUAAUUUAAUUUGUUGGUGAAGAUGUGUAACGUAACUAUGUAAGCUCUACUGUGAAAGUUUAAUUUGUAAUCGAGAUUAUAAUAUAAUGUUGCAUUAAUAAAUUGAAAGUUUUAAUAC